GGUAAAAAUUUCGAUUGUGAUUGGGAAAAAGAGAAAUUGNGAAAUUGAAGAAGUGGUUUCGUCUUCGUCGUCGUCCAUCGUCUUCAUCAUCGGUGUAGGAGUUGAUUUCUUGAAGGUUGGUGAUUCGCAAGGUUCGCAAGUUUCGUGGUGUGGUUCGCAAGGUUCGCAAGGUUCGCAAGCACUUUUGCCUAAGGCACCACAAAGAUUUUGCAUAAGGCACUUGUAUGCUAACUUUAGGAAGCAAUUCAGUGGUCAAGUAUUGAAGAAUUUGAUGGGGAGUGCUGCAACAAGCACGUACCCCCAGGCUUGGGAGAGAGAGAUGCUGAAGAUGAGAGCAGUGAAUGAGGAAGCGUAUAAAUACCUCAUAGGUAUUCCACCAAGAUAUUGGUCGAGAUCUAGAUUCACAUCUCAAGCAAGUUGUGAUAGUCUAGAUAACAACAUCAGUGAAGGUUUCAACAGUGUCCUCAUUCAUGCUAGAGGAAAACCAAUAAUCACAUUGCUGGAAGAUAUUAGAGUUUAUUUGAUGAAAAGGUGGGCCACGAACAGANUGAAGGUGGCUUCUAUGGAUUUCAAUGUUUGCCCAAAGAUCAAGAAGAGAUUAUUAAAGGAAUCUAAGUUGUCUAGAUAUUGGAUUCCAAG